AUGCGCAUCGUUCACACCACUCUCAUCGCGACCGCCCUAGUGGCCGCUGUCCCCGACGCUCCCGACGCUCCCGGCUCCGGCGUCGACCUCAGCACCAAGCAACCGGUCAACGACAGUUCUGUCACCCAGCCUAUGGACAGCGUUGGCUCUCCGGGAUCUCGACAUGCCAGCGGAUCGAGUGGCUCGAAGGGGGAGCUCUCCGCAAGCUCAUCAAAUGGCUCGCUCAGUCCGCUUGACGGAGGGAGCAAAGAGCACCGCGGCGCAGCUGUAGCAGCAGCAGCUGGCAUAAUCGCAGGCGCGGCCGCGGCUGCUGGCAUCCUCGACGAGAGCAGCGCGAAAGAGCCUCUUUUCGACUUUGAGACCAUAUCGAGGCUUUUGCUCAGCGUGCUGCUCUCCUUCUUGAUCUUCACCUUCAUCUUAUUCCUAUAG